AUGGACAGACAGCGAGGCCAUAAUGUGCGCAGAAGGAGAGGCAGAAUUGGUGGUAGGGGGGAAAGGACCCGUCCCUUAGAGGAAAUUUAUUUGAGUGAUGCAGAGUCUUCUUUUGAUGUACAGCCUACUCCGCCUGUUGUGGAGGUAGUGGAUGUCGUUGGCUUAGCCAAACUGGUUAAGGAGAUCAAACAGUUAGGUGCAACCCCAUUUGAAGGGGGAGUUGAUCAUUGGGCUGCUGAUCAGUGGCUUGAGAAUAUGAUGAGCUGUUUUGAGAUGGUGAUUUGCACCGAAACUGAGAAGUGGAAGAUUGCUGGUUAUCUUCUUCAGGGUGAUGCCAGGAUAUGGUGGGCUGGUCAGCGGGAUACUGUGAAUAUGGCUACUCUGACUUGGGAUGGUUUUGUGGAACUAUUCCAGGACAUGUACUUCCCUGAUGCAGUGAGGGAGCAGAUCGAGUUAGAUUUCAUUGCUCUAGAGCAAGGGACUAUGACUGUGAGAGAUUACGAAACACGGUUCACCCAAUUAUACAGGUUCGUUCCCCAGUUGGAUGCCCAAGCCUUGGCUAAGAAGUUCCUAAGGGGACUAAAUGACAGGAUUAGGGAGAUAGUGUAUCCUCUUCGGUUAGCCACCAAGGAAGAGAUCUUUGCUAGUGCCAUGGCCCAUGAACAGGCAACCAGCAUGCGUGUAAGUGAAUGA